AUGUGUAUAAGUGACGUGGGAAUUAAGCAUCUAAAAGCGGUUGUAAAGGACAUCAUGCGGCGCGUUUUACGAGGGCUGAUCCGGACAGAGUGUCGAGUGGCGCAAGUGUGUUCGCUGCGGUACAUGCAAAUUUGCGAGGAUGUGCGCAACAUUGCGGUGAUCGCCCACGUCGACCAUGGCAAGACCACUCUGGUGGACAGUAUGCUAAAGCAGUCGGGUACUUUAGCAGAGGCCAGAAACCGCGUGAUGGAUAGUAAAGAUCAGGAGAAGGAGCGGGGCAUUACGAUUCUUGCGAAGAACACUGCCAUUUUGCUACCCAAGAGAACUCCAGCUGAGCCACGGCGUCGCAUUAAUAUUGUGGACACCCCUGGCCACUUGGAUUUUUCAGGUGAGGUGGAACGCGCCCUUCAAAUGGUAGAAGGGAUUAUUUUGCUGGUCGACGCCAAGGAAGGGGUACGCCCUGGGACUCGGUAUGUUCUUCGCAAAUCUCUUAGCCUUAACCUCAAGCCGAUUGUUUGCCUCAACAAGAUUGAUAAGGACGACACGAACAUUAGAAGGACGGAGGAGGCCAUACAAGAUCUUUUCUUGGAGACCGCCGAGAAUGAGGACCAACUUGAGAUUCAUUUUAUGUUUGGCUCUGGUCGUGAUGGUUACAUGAACGAUACCCCGAAGAAGGAAGGUACCCUUGAACCUCUCUUUGAAAAAAUAUUCAGCAUUGUGCCUGCUCCUCAGGCCAAAAAGGACGUUGGCCUGCAAAUGCUUGUGGCCCAAGUCGAGGUAGAUGAAGUCACGGGGCAUAAGAUUGCUAUUGGUCGCAUUUUUAAUGGCACCGUGUCAGUUGAUGAUAUUGUGACGGUUGUUUUGGAAGACAAGGAGGUGGAUGCCCUUGUCAAAAAUAUCCAGCUCUUCGUCGGGGUUGAGAGGGCCACCGUUCAAAGCGCUUCCUACGGUGAUAUUUGUAUUCUUACUCUGCAAGAACCCAUUGGCCAGAAGGUGCCUAUCAAGAUUGGGAGUACUGUCUGUCAACAAGGCGUGGUGAACCGAUUACCGUAUCGCAAGCCCGAUGAGCCCACCUACAGUCUUGUGAUGCAAGCCAGUGAAGCAUCAUGGCGAAAAAAAGAAGCAGACGAACGCUUGGGAACUAUUGUGGCUUUACAGAAACGGUUGGAACGUGAAGCGAUGGUAAACACUGCGCUACAACUUUUGGGUUUGGGGACACCACACAUUACACUAAUGGGUCGUGGUCCGCUUCAUCUUUCUGUCAUUGUGGAGGACAUGCGGCGCGAAGGGUAUGAGUUUGAGAUUCAAGCACCCCGUAUCUUAACGAGGGUUAUCGACGGAGUCAACUGUGAGCCGUACGAACGAAUUCAUUUGGAGUUUCGUGAUGAGCUUGUGUCGGACAUUGUGUCUUUUUUAAGCAGCAAAAUGGGGGAACUUGGAGACAUUACGCAACUGUCGAACGGGCGUGUACUAGUAGAUUGUGUCAUGCCUGUUCGAUUCAUGUCACAAGUUCCCCUGCGCUUUCACACGCUGACAAGGGGAGACGGCGUGCUUAACCACAACUUUGAGGCAUAUCGUCCCAUGACCUCCGUGGACACGGCACGCGAGACGGGCGCGCUGAUUUCCGUGGAAGGUGGUGAGGUGACAGAGUGGUCGCUCUCUGGACAGGCGCAGCAGGGCCGUUUCUUUGUUGUACCAGGCGACAUUGUUCACUAUGGGCAAAUAGUGGGGGAGAACAGCAAGACGCUCUACCAAAAUCUUGGAAUAAAUGUCUGUAAGCGCAACGAGCAGCUUGGCGGGCUGCGCUCGAACGCUAACGACAAGUUGAGCCGAAGAAGGUCUUCCUUCACCGCAUUUCGUGCCACCUUUGAGGACUGUGUCGCGUGGGUGACAGAUGACGAAUUGGUUACAGUGACACCAAAAUCCAUUCGUAUGCGGCAGCCGAACUUCAACGGUAAAACAACAAUGCGGAGUGCUGUUAAAAAGAAGUGA